UCAAAGCUUGCAGUGUCUUCACUCGGACCAUGGCUAGUCAAGCCAAAGAGCACCUUUGCUGUCCGACCUGUUUGGACAUUUUUAAAGAUCCUGUCAUGCUGCCGUGUAGUCACAACGUCUGUCGUGCAUGUUUGCAACAGCGGCGGAAGGAGGAAGGAGAUCGAUCAUGUCCAGUCUGUAAAAAAAGGUGUAAUUCGAUUGAUAUACAUCCGAACUUAACUUUGAGGAAUCUGUGUGAGGACUUUUCACAAGCUUUAGUGAAGCCAAAGGAGAUCUGCAGGCUUCACGAUGAGAAACUGAAACUCUUCUGUUUGGACCACCAGGAGUCUAUCUGCCUGGUCUGCAGAGAUGCCAAAAUCCACGCUGGCCAUAAGUUCUGUCCUCUGGAUGAAGUUCCACAAUAUCACAAAGAGGAACUCCAGAAAGCUCUGCAGGAUGCAAAGAAAAGAUGCGAUGAUUAUACUACGACUAGAGACAAUUGCACUGAACAAGAAGAGUAUAUCAAGGUCCAGAGGAACCAGGUUGAAAGCAAAAUUAGGCAAGAUUUUGCGGAGCUUCAUCACUUUUUGCAUGUUGAGGAGGAGAAAAGAUUGUCUGCUCUGAGAGAGGAGGAGCAGAAGAAAAGACAGAUUAUGAAGGAAAAGAUUGAGGCUCUAAACAGAGAUAUGACCGCCCUCUCAGACAUGAUCAGAACUACAGAGGAGAUGACAUCUGACCAUGAUUCCUUAAUGAAAAACUUCCGGGACGUAAUUACCAGGAUCCAACUCUUGCCUGAUGAACCCGAACUACUCCCAGGAGCUCUGCUGGAUGAAGUCAAACAUGUGGGCAACCUCAAGUUCACUGUAUUGGAACAAAUGAGGGAGAUGGUUUCCUACAGUCCUGUGAUUCUGGACCCAAACACUGCCAUUCAAACACUCAGGCUGUCUGAAGAUCUGACGAGUGUGAGUUCUAAAGUCGGAGGCCAGCGCCCAAACAAUCCAGAGAGGUUAAACUGGAACGCUGUGCUCGGUUCUGCUUUGGACUCAGAAACGCACACCUGGGAUGUUGAGGUAGGAGACAACAAAGACUGGCGACUGGGGAUAGCGUGGGGGGACUCUCCAGUUAACAUCACUUCAUGGAUCAUCGGAUGUCGUGAUGGUAAAUACAAAAUGAAAGGACCAUAUGGAUCCUGGAAUCCACCGGUGAAACUGGAGAGGAUCCAAAUUCGUGUGGACAUGAACGAAAGAUCAGUUUCCUUCUUUGAAUCUACUACAAACACAAAAUUAGACAUAAAGAGCCCUUCCACUUGGCCACAAUUGUCUGGUAACAAGAAAAUGUAUCCUUACUUCUACACAAAGGAUCAAAGUCCUCUGAAAAUAACACCACUUUCAGUUUGCGUGAUGACUCAAAACCAGUGAUGACGUACAUAUUCUGCUCUCAUAAUUGUUUUACAAGCAGUGACAUCCUGAAAAUUAGUUUCAAGAAUGUAAACCUAUUGAAAUCUGAUGUCAUGUUGUUUUGGAUAUCAUUUAUCCAGCAGAGAUUUUAAUGGAUUGAUCAGUUCAAUGAACAAAACAAAAAAUAUAUUUUUAAAUUCAUAUUUUUGCUCUGUAGCAUGUGUAAAAAAAAAUAACAAUAUUAUCCUAUUUUUUUAGGAUGAAAACUUAGAUUGUUUUUUUCUCAGUGA